UGUUUUAUUUUUUUCUUUACUAUAUCCAAAAUUAUUAAACUUAUAAGAGAAAUACAAAAAAAAAAAAGGAUUGUUGCACAACAAGAAAAUUGUAUUCAAUUGAAAGAGGAAGUAGCACGACUGUUGAAUACGAUAUGCUCCUUCUACAAAGGUCGUGAUUAUAUCAGUUGCAGUUGGCAACGUAAAGAACUGAUAUCGUCGGUGUUGGCUGCAUUAAAGAGCAAAAAAUUGUCCAAUUAUGCAUCUGAACAUAUGUUGGCUGCACUACAAAAAUUAAGUAUCAGGUUAUGGGUACAAAAAGAAUUGAUCUCAUUGGGUAUGUUCGAAUGGCUUGUACAUUAUUUGCAAACCAAUCUAAACAAUUUUGCUCUGGAAUUUGGUUGCGCAUUGAUGCUAAACUUAAGCCUAAAUCCAGUUAGCCAUUCGACGGCAUCUAGAAUAGCUAAUCACUGCACUUUAAAACAUUUAAUCAUCAGUGUGGCCUCACAAAUGGGUAUCGAAAGUGCAUUGAAGCUGAAGAUGGAUCGACAUCAUUGCAGCGAUGACUUGGCGCAAAUACCACAGAUUUUCAAGGUUUUACGAAGAGGUAUGUUAUCGUCCAAAGAAAAAACAAAAUUCUUUUUGGAAAAAAAAAAUAGAAGGAGUCUAUGUACUUAUCUUCUUCACUGUAUAACGUGA